AUGGAUUUUGACGAAGAAGACAUUAGCAAUGGCAGCAAGAACAAUAGAAAUAAUAAUAGUUUGCCGCCAUUUCGUAAUGUUAUUAGUAGGAAGAGAACAAUAAUGAAUGUUGAUGAUUCAGAUGAAGAAGCAAGGAUUGUAAAAAGUAAUAAAAGAAAAAUGCUUCAUUCACAUAAAAAUAAAAGUAACAAUACCGGUGUUAUUGAUGACGAGUUGAAAUUUGAUAAUGAUGAUGAUAAUAUUCAUGAACCUGCUACUAAUGAUCGAUAUGAAGUUGAAGCUGUCCAUUCAAAAAAACUUAUUGAUGGUAAAGAAAUGUAUUUAAUACAAUGGAAAGGCUACACAAAAGCCACUUGGGAACCAGUUGAAAAUCUUGAUGGAUGUAAAGAAGCAUUAAAAAGAUUUCAUAAACUUGCUAAAGAUACAGAUAUUGAUUUUUCAUCAAAAAUUGGCAAAGGAAGGAAACAAAGACCGAGAUCUGAUGAAUUGCAAAAUCGAUUAAAGACUUGUUAUGCAGAUGGUAGAAGAACAGAUUUAGAUUUGUAUCAAAAAAUUUGGAUAAAAAGAAAUUAUCCUGGGAAAAAUGAACGUACAGAACCAAGGAUUGAAACCGUUACGUUUUAUUAA